CAUCCAUAGACAAUCAACAAACUGAAAAUGAAAAUGUCCGUCGUAAAAAAUCUAAUUUGAUUUUGCUUGUGAAGUUAUUGUAAAUGUAAUUGUAGCAUGAGAUGUGAAGUAUCUUUAUCGCAUAAAAUCACAUAUAAGCUUCACUAUUAUUAAAAUGAUUGUCCAAGAACCCAUACAGGUAAUUGUUUGGGAUUGUCUCAAUAAUUAUGAAUACGACAAUGCUAUAUUUCUGGCUGAGCGAUUACAUGCCGAAGUGGCAUCAGAAGAAACUGCAUAUUUGUUGGGAACUUGUUAUUAUAGAGCUGGUCGAGUAAAUGAGGCUCAUCAUUUGCUACAGAACACAUCACUGUCCCUACCACAAUCUCGGUUCCUGCUAGCCAAAUGUUCAAUAGACUUAAAAUCGUACAAAGAUGCGGAAGUGGCUUUAGGAUCAAAUUUAGACAUUGUUGCUUCAGAGUUCGGAGAACAAGCACCAUAUGCUUUACAACUUCUCGCCAAAGUUUACAAUAUCACUGAAAGGAGGAGUAAAGCAGCUGAAGCGCACAGAAAAUCAUUAUCAUUGAAUCCUUUUAUGUGGAAAUCAUUUGCACAAUUAUGUAAUAUGGGAGAGAAAGUAGAUCCAAACCAAGUAUUCCAGAUGAACACUGAAUUUUCAUUUGGUGUAACAACAUUAGUAAAUCUAGUCAGCAACUCGGAAAAUAUUUCCUUUGUUAAUACUAACAUUCCUAAUAAUACCAAUUUGAAUUCUAACGUCACGCCAAAUAAUGUAGCCACUCGGACGCCUAUGACAAUGUCCACAAGUAUUACUCCAGAGACUCAGGCUCCUAUGAAGCGAAUGCACAGUGUUUUCAGUGGGAUAGCUCCUGUGCCAUUUUCACCAUCUUUUGGCAUGUUACCGAUGGAAGAAUCUCCCAUACUGUACACUCCGACACUCACUGAUUCUAAUGAACAGAAAGCCAUCCCCAAAAUAGUUAAUUCUUUAAGGGCACAGAUGGGUCAACUGAAAGAUGCAGUGUUUAGCCCAACUCCUCGGUGUACACUAGGACCAGCGCCUCGACGAUCAUCUAGGUUAUUUAGUAAUAACAAUAGCAGUUAUUCCGUAAAAGAAAACAAUAAAUCUCCAAGCAGAAAAUUUGUAGCUCCUAAAAGUCCAUCAAGAAAGAAUAAACAGCGAACUGCAAAAAAUAUGAAAACCAAUCCAGUUGAAACAAAUGACAGAAAUAAAAGCAUGGAAACAGUUACACCUAUGACACCAAAGAAUUCCAAUGGUGUAGCAUUAUUAAGCUUAUUGAAGGAACUAGGCGAAGCUUACAAAUCAUUAGCUGGCUUAGAUUGUAAAAAUGCUAUUAAGUUAUUUCAAGAUGUUCCAUCUAAACAACUGGUUUCACCAUGGGUGCAAACAAUGAUAGCUCGUGCUCACUAUGAACUAGCUCAAUAUGAGGCUGCAGCAAAGAUUUUUGCAGACAUUCGUAAACAAUAUCCUUGCCGCACAGAGGGUAUGGAUAUCUAUAGUACCUGUUUAUGGCAUCUCCAAAGAGAAGCUCAGUUGUCAGCUUUAUCGCAAGAACUAGUAGAGUUGAACAGAACUGAUCCAAUUGCUUGGCUAGCCGCUGGCAAUUGCUUUUCCCUCCACAAAGAAAGAGAAACAGCUCUAAAGUUUUUCAAAAGAGCUGUACAGAUAGAUCCCGAUGCAUCAUACGCUCAUGCACUUUUAGGACAUGAAUAUGCUGUAGCAGAAGAGACUGACAAAGCACUAGCAAGCUUUAGAACGGCUGUCAGUAUUGACCCUCGUAAUUAUGUUGCUUGGUUUGGUAUUGCAACAGUUUAUGCACGUCAAGAACGUUGGAAACAAUCGGAAGUGCAUAUUCGUCGCGCGCUCACCAUCCAUCCUCAUUCUGGGGUACUGAGGUGUCAGUUGGGGCUCGCACAAGCAGCUUUAGACAAAACAGAUCGAGCCCUCGCUACUCUCGAAAGAGCCGUCGCUUUAGACACUGAGAAUCCUUUAUGUCGUUUCCACAGAGCUUCAGUUCUUCUACGAGCCGGAAGACCUCAAGAAGCCCUAACAGAUCUACAUUAUCUCAAAGAUAUAGCUCCAAGGGAGUCAUUAGUAUAUUAUUUACUUGGAAAAGUUCAUAAUAAAUUAGGCAAUACCCAUUUGGCCCUGAUGCACUUCAGCUGGGCGACAGAUUUAGAUCCUAAAGGCACUGGAGGACAUAUAAAAGAAGGUUUCGAUCCAUCUAAACAAGAAGACCCGUCAGAGAGAUCAUCAUAAAUUAAUUGACGAAUGUUAAAGGAUUUCAAGCUGGCCUACUGUGUUGUUGGCAGUGCAGUGACAUUUGACUGAUCCCUUGUAAAUAUCGCGUUCACCUAUCGAUCUCAAUAUUGACACCAAAUUCUUCCAAAUAAAUAGCUUUAUGAGGUACGAUAGGUGCGUGGUGGCAUUUAGUCGCUGUAGUAAAUAAGAGCGUUGUGGAAAUGUUUAUAUAGUGUAAGAUGUGGAUAUUCCUAAUAUUAUCCUAGAUAUUAUAAAUCUUGUAUAGAUAUAAUAACACAGAAUGGUAAAUAGGAUUUUUAAAGAGAAGCUUUGAAAAUCUGAAGACGCAGGGCCUUGAUCUCAUUGGGAAGUUCUGGAUUGAAUAUUCAUUUUAAUAUAAAUAAUUUGACGUUGAAAAAUAUAUUGUAAUUGCCAUAGUAAACUUCGUGAUAUCUCACUGUAAUGUUUGAAAUCUUGGUUUGUAGUAUUGUCACCUUAAUAAGCAAUUUUUGUGCUUCUAAUAUAUCUAUACUAAUAUUAAAGAGGAAAGAUUUUAUUGUUUAUUGGUUUAUUUGCAUUGAUUACCUUCCGAUUACUAUUGUACCUAUUUCAAAAAUUCUUCACCUACGGGAAGCUACAUCAUAUGGGGAUGAAAUUGGGUAUAAUUUAUGCAGACACAGCUAGUAAUAAGUAAACUAAAUAUGUACAUAAAAUUAAAUUAUAUGUAAAAAUGUAUGGGUCAGUAUAAAAUAACAUACGCAUUAUGUAACCUCGAACUCCUUGAAGUUAAUAAGGUAUCGAAAGAGAUUGCUUAUUAUGGUGGCAUUAAUUAUCAUUUUGUACAAAAAUGUAUAGUAAGUUUGCAGAAAUUGGUACGGCAUGUUCGUUUGAGCACCGCUGGCGGUAUUACCUUAUCAGUUGAUCCAAAUCAUGUUAGUGUUCUAUUUAUUGUUAUUUUUUUAUAAACAUAGAAAAUUACGACCCUUUUAAUCAAUUUAAUGCAUGUAGACAUAUUUAAUUGUUAAAAAGUGACGAAACAAAUAUCCUCUGCUUUAAAUGUUAGAUGAUUCAGAAACUCGUAAUGAUAACCAAUUUUGUGACAUAAUAUAGAUGCAGGUGUUUUAUUAAUAAAUAGUUGAAAAUUAAUUUUGUGUAAUUAAGCAAUAACAAAAAUUAUCUAUAAAGCACUUUAUCAUUACACAUCAAUGAACUGCUCGCUCUGUGGACAGACUCGUUUAGACCACCUCUAAUUAUAUAUAUAUAUAUGUAUGAACUUAUUAAAUAAAACUGAU